GGUUUGCUUAGGGCGUGGCAGCUGCAGAUAAAGGCAGGACUCAGGCGGAACUACACCGUCCACACAGCCUGGGGAGCCACACGGGCCGGCUCCAUCAUGCAGCAAGUGGCCCUGAGCCUGCUCCUCCUCCUGGCAGGCCUGCCUGCCCUGGACGCCAACGACCCGGAAGAUAAAAACAGUCCAUUUUACUAUGACUGGCACAGCCUCCGAGUCGGAGGGCUCAUCUGUGCAGGGAUUCUGUGCGCCAUCGGCAUCAUUGUCGUCAUGAGUAAGUGGAGGAGCGCCAGGGAGUGGGGCGGGCAGGGCUGUGGGUCCCCUCUCCUGACCAUUCUCCUCUCCCCAACAGGUGGGAAAUGCAAGUGCAAGUUCAGCCAGAAGCCCAGCCACCGACCAGGGGACAUCCCACCUCUCGUCACGCCAGGCUCUGCUCAUAACUGUUGAGGAUGGAUCCAUGAAAGAACACAGAGGGCCUCUCUCUUUCCCCAUGUCCUGGUCUGCAUAGGAACCUAACUCCAGGAUGGAAUCCCCUCCUCUCCUCAGACCGCCUUUCCAGACCCAUCUCACUUUCACUGUAAGGGUCUCUUUGUUCAAUAUUUGAUCUAAAGUGAGCUUGCCUCCUGCCCAAGCA